GAAACACUGACAGUAGAGCGUGGCCAUAAAUGCAUCACUUGUGAACUACACAAUACCGAGCAGAGGCGAUACGAACGUUGUUAAUUCAUUUUUCCCACGGUGCAGAAUGCAUCAUGUGACAAACCAGCUGAUGUUGAAAAAAAAGACGAGCCGCGGCAGAAAGCCCGCCCUCUCCGUGACGCAUGGCUCACUCUACGGUACGCCAUUUGUGUCUAGCAGCAAAAAGCGCGGAGAGUGGAAAUAGUCGUCUAACAAAAGGAGUUUAAUUCAGCAUGAUAGCGAUCAACUUCACAAUUAUACAAUUGUAACAGGAUAUGAAAUGGAUAAAACACUGACGUCAGGAAAGGAGGCUGUUGAGCACAAAGUGCCUGAAAAUGACCCCAGUGGGAAGUUGCAGCUAGAUGAUGUAGAAAUGGAGGAAACUAAAAGAGACUCCCCCAGUAGGUCUGCAAAACCUGAAGAUGCAGAUGAGGAACUCACUGAGAGACUGCGCCCAGACUCUGGACCUGAAGAUGGGGAUAGCCUCUGCACAGUCUGUGGCUUCUCAGCCAAAUGUCCAAGAUCCCUGAAGAUUCACUUUGCAAGAAAGCAUGGAAGUAACCCAAAGAAUGCCAACAGAACUGCAAAGCCAGCUGAAAAAAGUGAAAAUGUCCCUGACCCAAGUCCAUCUGAGAUCCAACAGGAAGUAGAUAUGGAGACAGAAAAGGCUGCUGAUGUUAAACAAAACCCGGGUUCUGAUCUUGAUCAGUUAACAUCAGUGGCCAAGGAUACUGGCAUGGACAGAAAGAGCUUAACCAAAAAGGAGACCAAUAUAGACAAACAGCAGGCAGAUCAAGAUGAACCACUCCAGACCCAAGAGAGAAGAGUUAGCAAACGAACCCCAAAACCUAAAGUGAUACAUUCCUGCAACCACUGUGGGCAAGAGUUUAGGGACAAGUCCCCUUUAGAUGUGCAUGUCCAGAGAUACCACACCAAAGACACCCCAUACACACUUGCCACUGUCGAGAACAUGGAAAAAGAAAAGGAAACUGAGGAUCCUGGCAGCACUGUGAGGGCCACUCCAACAAGAGUUGCAGCCAAACGUACACUCAGCAGGUUCCAGCUGAAGUGUGGAAACUGUGAUUUUAGGGUUAGCACCCCUGCAUUGCUGGAAAGCCAUGCUCGUGUCAAACACCCUGACCAGGAGUGGUACCGAUGUAAAUUGUGCAACUUUUUCUCAGCCACAUCUAAGUGGAUGGAAGUUCAUCUGUCCUCAGAGAACCACGUGCAGAAGGAGAACGGGAUGAAAAGCACAGAAUCGUCCUCCUUUGAAGUCUAUGUUGAGAGUAUAAACAGAGACAUUGCUAGAGAUAGUGCUGUUAUGGAUGAUAUUGCUCCAGUGGCUGGAGGAGAAGGGUCAGCUAUUUUGAAAGAAGGAGAUCAAGAUGCUGAAGAAGCAGUUGAAGCUACCAAGGCUGUGUCGGUUGAGGAGGAAGAUUCAGAGCUUGAACCUCCCAGAAAGAAAAAAGGAAGACCAAAACAUGGAUCUACGACCACUUGUGGAUACUGUGGCCUGGUAGUGUCUAACGCUACUAACCUCAGUGUCCAUGUCCGCCGCAAGCACAGCAAGGACUAUGGCUACAGCUGCACUCUUUGCAACUACAGCUGUGUGACCAAAGGAGACAUGGAUCGUCACUGUAUCACAAAGAAGCAUGUUAAACGUGCACAAGAGUGUUCAAAUAAGAACCCGGUCAACAAUCACACAAAUGACUCAACACAGGAACCCACGGCUACUCAAGACCAGGAACCUAAUGCAGCCUCUCAGACAACCGACAACGAGCAAGAGCCUGACAACACUGCAUCCAAAGAUGACAGUGGAGAAGAGCAAACUCAGUCAGACAUGAGCCAGAAAAAAAGUAAAUAUGACACUGUUAAUGCCUGUGUCCAUUGCGAUUUUGUAGCUCAAUCAAUUCCUUCGCUCCAUCUUCACAUCAAGAGAAAACACACCAAAGACUUUGAGUAUGUCUGUCUAGCAUGUAGCUACUACGCCGUAACGAGCAGGGAAAUGUCACGGCAUGCCAACACAGAAAAGCACAAACAGAAAAGCCAGAAAUACCUGGAACCAGUUGGGAGUGAGGGGCAACGAGCUGUGACAGUCCCAGUGAAGGAUGUCAUUGAGCUUGUGGCGGCAAACUCUAACCCAGAGAGUGAACCAUUGAGUCCCACAGAAGAGUCUGACUCUCUUUCUGAUGACAGCCAAGCUACGGAAAGCCAGAGUACAACUGCGUCCUCCAUCACAACAGUGCCUGUCGUUGCUGUGGCUAGCGUGACUGGUAGCGCAAAUAAGAAACAAGCGGAGAAUCUUGCAUCUUCCACUGGUGGUGAACAAGAUCCAACCCACCAGACAGCUGAACCUGAACCCGAGGAGGCUCCAGUAGAACUCCGGCCUGCAGUGGAUCAGUCUGAGCAGCAAGAGAGCCAGGGGGAAGGGGCUAAACAAGCAGAAGAUGAAAACUUGAAUGCAGAUGUGAUGGUUGUAGAUGUCAAAAGUGACAGUAUGAGUACUGAUACACAAUUGUCCAAAGCCCCUCCCUUUGAUGCCUGCAUUGUAUCCAUGAAGGCCCUUACUGAGCAGGAUCAGACUCUCCAGGAAGGUCUGGCUCUAGAAGGCGAGGCUGCUGUGAUAUGUCUGACAGGAGGAACACCGGUGCCCGCCAGCUUUUUGCCCUUCACUUCUGCAUAUGUCAAGAAGCUCAAACGUAAGGGAGGGAGGAAACUGAGAGAGGAACCCAAAGGAAGCAUCACUCGCAUACGCUGCGACGACUGCGGCUUCAUGGCCGAUGGCAUCAGUGGCCUCAAUGUCCACAUCUCAAUGAAGCAUCCCUCCAAGGAGAAGCACUUCCACUGCUUGGUUUGUGGCAAGUCAUUUUACACCGAGAGCAACCUGCACCAGCACCUGACCAGUGCUGCCCAUGCCCGCAAUGAGCAGAACAGUGUGGAGGAGCUGCCCGAAGGGGGUGCGAGCUUCAAGUGUGUGAAAUGCACGGACCGCUUUGAAACGGAGCAGGAACUCUUUGUUCACAUAAAGGAGAAACACGAGGAGCUUCUGAGGGAGGUCAACAAGUACGUGUUGGAGGACACAGAGCAGAUCAACCGCGAGCGCGAGGAGAACCAGGGCAGUGUGUGUAAAUAUUGUGGGAAGGUGUGCAAGAGCAGCAACUCCAUGGCCUUCCUGGCACACAUUCGCACACAUACUGGAUCCAAGCCCUUCAUCUGUAAGAUCUGCAACUUUGCAACUGCUCAGCUGGGAGACGCCAGGAACCACGUGAAGCGACACCUCGGCAUGAGGGAGUACAAAUGCGACAUCUGUGGAUGGGCCUUUGUGAUGAAGAAACACCUCAGCACCCACCUGCUGGGAAAACAUGGAGUUGGACAGCGUAAAGAGAGGAAGUUUGAAUGCGACUUGUGCGACCGCUCCUUCAGUGAAAAAUGGGCCCUGAACAACCACAUGAAACUGCACAGUGGGGAGAAGCCGUACAAGUGCGCCUGGCCGUCCUGCCACUACGCCUUCCUCAACCUGUCAGCCAUGAAGGACCACUACAGGACACACACUGGAGAGAAGUCCUAUCUGUGUGACCUGUGUGGUUUUGCCGGUGGCACGAGACACGCCCUCACCAAACACAGGCGCCAGCACACAGGAGAGAGACCCUUCAAAUGUAAGCUGUGCAACUUCGCCUCCACCACGCAGUCCCACUUAUCGCGGCACAAACGUGUUCACACCGGGGAGAAACCAUACCGCUGCCCCUGGUGCGACUACAGAUCCAACUGUGCUGAGAACAUCCGGAAACACAUACUCCAUACGGGCAAACAUGAGGGCGUGAAGAUGUACAACUGUCCCAAAUGUAGCUACGCCACCAAUUCUCCCAUGGAGUUCCGCAACCACCUGAAGGAACACCACCCUGAUAUUGAGAAUCCAGACCUCGCCUACCUACAUGCAGGUAUUGUGUCCAAGUCUUUUGAGUGUCGUCUGAAGGGUCAGGGGGCUACGUUUGUGGAAACAGAAGCCAUGGAGUCCCCUGUGAGAACGAAAGGCUCAUCUGAGGCAUCUGGCCACGAUGAGCCCGUCCAGCAGGUCAUCAUCAUCCAGGGCUACGGCGGCGGGGAGGUGGCCAUCGACCAGGCCCUGGAGGAGUCGGCUGCUGCCACCUUGCAGACGCUGGCCAUGGCCGGCCAGGUGGCAGAGGUGCUCCACAUCACGGAAGAUGGACAAGUCAUCGCCUCGGGCAGGGAAGUGGCAUCCGCGGGUGCCCACCUGGCCGGAGGCAGCACCCAGUACGUGGUGCUAGAGUCGGGGGAGGCCAGAGAAGGGCUGCGUGCGAUGACUAGAGGAGGGGUCGCAGCCGCAGGACAAAGUCAUAUUGUUUCCGAGUCAUCGACAGCUCUGGACGCUCUGCUCAGCGCUGUCAGCGAAAUGGGCCAUCAGGAGGAAAUGCAAGGAGAGGCAGCAGUCGUCCACCAGGUCUUGAACCCCGAGAUAACCGAGGCUGUGCACGGGGAGGCGCAGCCGGACGUGAAGCAGGAGCAGGAGGAGGUGCAGGUCAUCCAGGAGACCGGCCAGGAGGAGAUGCAGGAGGUGCUGAAGCUCGCCGCGUCGCAGAUGAUGAAGGAGGGUCUCACCCAGGUUAUUGUUAAUGAUGAAGGAACACAUUACAUUGUGACAGAGCUGGACGACUGCACCUUACAGGUGGAGGGAGGCGUGUAUGGGGAGGCAGGGGCAGGUGUCGGGGAGGUGCAGCAGGCAGAGCAGCAGGCUGGAGACGAGAUGGUGGUGUAUCUGGAUGGAGCCUCUCAUAAUAUAGUUCUGGAAGGGUAGAGGAGAGAGAUGAAAUGAAAGAGGUGCACUCGCUGUUUGAGUUCUCAUUGUUUAAUUCUGUUAAGCCUGCAUUAGGCCAGAUGUUUGCCAGUAAAUCUCUUGCAGUCUUCCCUCGUCUUUUUUCAUUUUACCCUGUUUGAAUCUUUUUUCACAUCACUUCUGUGUUCAGUUUGUACUCUCCUCUCUCGGGCUAUGCUAAACUCAGGUUAAACAUCAUUUAUUGAGGGGGACAGUGACAGUGGAAAGAGAAUUUGGUGCUAAGUGAGUCUAGUUGCAAUCCUCACCACCACCAAGACUAUCUAAAUGCCAUGCAACUUAAGGAUUUGAAUAUAUUUCCCCAUGAAAUCAUUUUUAGAGAUCUAAUAUGCUGAGAACUAAUUGGUUCUUUAUAAAGGAAAAUAUGUAAUCUGCUCUAUAGAGGUAACAUUGUUUUUCUUUGUGACACAUUUGUUUAAUAUUACAUUUUGUCUGCGAUGAUUGAUGUUUGCUUACAUGCUCAUUCAUUUUUCUUUGAUUUUACAUUUUUAGAGGUUUUCUUUCCAUCUUUUGUAGUGGUUAGUGUAUUAUCAGUUAUAAAACAAUGACUUGGUGGUUUUUGAAAAUAUCGAAUUGUGUUACAAAGUAGAGUUGAUUAAAUUGUUGGGGACUUUUUACAACCCCUCAGCUGUUUGUUGGGCAACAAAAAAAUUAAUGCAAUUUCCCUUCUGACAAUAAAGAUUAUGCUGAAUUUUUA